UAUUAUUUACGGACAACUUUGUGUUUUGAUUUUUUAAGCGAUCUCUUAGCAUUUAGUUUGGCACAGACAAUUUAAUAGCAUUUCUGAAACAUCAUGAUGCCUCCACGAGGGCCGUAUGAUCGAUAGCGGCACCGAAUGGACCGACCCUAAUGAUCCUUGCGACCACUUCAAGUGUGUCUCCGGUGUCAUAACGCGGUCCCGGAUCAAGUGCUACACCCCUUGUGGGAAUCCUCUCACCACCAGGCCUGGCCAGUGCUGUCCAGUUUGUUUAGGCUGCCAGCUUAAUGGCCAACAGGUAACGGGUGAGGCCACCCUGAGUGAGGAUCCCUGCGUCAAGUGUACCUGUGAUGGGCGGAAGUUGACUUGCACCAAGAAGUCCUGUCCGGUGCUGCAAUGUCCGAUCACCAAACAGUACCGGCUUCCGGGAGAGUGUUGUGCCCGCUGCAAGGAUCGGCUGGAGGAGAUGAAGAUGGACCAGAAGCGAUGCUUCAUGGGAAAAGCGGCACACUUUCAUGGGAAAUCGUUUGUUGCCGAUCAGUGCGCCACCUGUGAGUGCCGCAACGGAACUUCGUUCUGUCAAAAGGACACCUGUCCGGUGCUGGAGUGUGCCGUUGAGGAUCAGAUCAAAGGACCGGCCGAUUGUUGUCCUUCCUGUCCGGAGACAAUCGAGUUGCGCUCGACUUGUUCGGUGGGAGGGAACAUCUAUGAAAACGGAGAAACGUGGACCCUGAACGCGUGUGCCUCCUGUGAGUGCCGAAACGGUGAGAUUCGCUGCUCCAAGAUCCAGUGCACCAAACAGAAGUGCAAACCGAACGAAUCGCUGGUUACGCCAAAGGGUGAGUGCUGUCCGAAGUGCAUCGAGACCCCGGGAGUUUGUACCGUGUUUGGUGAUCCGCACUAUCGCACCUUCGAUGGGCACUUCUACAGCUUCCAGGGUUCCUGCAAGUACCAGCUGACGGCGGACUGUGUGGAUCAUAGUUUUUCGCUCAGGGUUACCAAUGAUGCCCGGUCCACGAAGUCGAGUUCGUGGACCAAGACUGUGACGUUAAAGAUGGGUAAUUUGAAGGUGAACUUGGGUCAGAAGAUGCGAGUUAAGAUCAAUGGAUCGAAGGUGGAUCCGCCGUAUAGGAUCGACGGGGUUUUGGAAGUUUACAAGAGCGAGGAGGAGACGGAGGUCGUUGUGAGCACUGAGGUUGGGAUCAAGCUGACCUGGGAUGGCAACAACUUUAUCCAGGUGGAGGUUCCUACCGUUUACAAGAACAAGUUGUGUGGGUUGUGCGGCAACUAUAACAAUGUUUUCCGGGAUGAUUUGAUCUCUAGAAAUGGUGCAAAUAUGAGUAAUAGCGUGUGGAAGUUCGCUCAGUCUUGGGCUGUUGGAGGAGAGAAGGCUUGUACUCGCCCGAAGAAGAAGGACAUCGCUGCCAAGAACACGCAUUGCAAGCAAAAGAAAUCUGCGGCGGUCUGUAAUAUGCUAACGUCACCCAUCUUUGCCAGCUGUAAUUCUUUGUUGAACCCGGGAAAUUACUUUAAGGCUUGUAAGAUCGAUAUGUGCGAAUGUCCCAAUAAGCAGUGCUAUUGCGACAGUUUGGCAGCUUACGCUCAUGAGUGCAAACGACAGGGAAUCCGAUCGCUAAAUUGGCGGUGGGACACCAAUUGCUAUCCGAAUGCAACGAACGCUCUGUUCGCAGCGCAUCAUCAUCAUCAUCGCGAGCAUCAGCAGCAGCAUCAACGACUACCGGCUGCUGUGCGGCAACAAAAGCAGAAGGGUCAUGAUCUCCCACCCUCGUUAAAGAACUCCAUCGAAAAGCAACUGCCACGACAUCGAAAGAAGCAACAUCGGCCCAAACCGAACGUGGAUCCGGGAUCACGAAGACCUCCUCCGCCGCUUUACUCGUAGAUUGUCUAGAUUUUCAACAGACAACCCAUUCUCGGAAGAUACAAGGAUUUCGGUGCCAAGUACUCCGUUGAACCAGAGAUAAUGUAGUAGUAAAAGUAGUAGUACUAGUAGACGUAGAACCAUACAGUAGUAAUAGAAGCGAUGAGAAGGGCGGUGUUUUAACUUAACAAUUUCUCUUCCCGCGCAUGCCGGUGUAUUAACAAAACUUGUUGCUGACAAAUCAAUCUAAGCUUACGUGUUUUUAGAGUAGGUAAUGAAAAUAAAAAAAAAUAAAAGCUUUCGCGAUCGACUGCUAGGUGGAUACGUACGCCAAGCCAAGCCGCCGGGACAGGGCAAAGGAAACAAAAAACGAACGAAACUCACUAACUAGGCCGUACGUAAUAGGAAGAAAGAGAAAGAGUAUUUUCUUGUUUGUAAAUAGGCAUACCCAAUACAAAGUUUAGAUCGUAGACAAAAGAAGGAAAAUAAGAGAGAGAGAGCGCGCUAGCGAGGAGAAAUCUCAUCCUAUCAGUAAGGAUUUUUAAAUUGUACAUUUGUUUUAUUUUUAUAUACAGUGUUUAUGUAGAACGGUUUUUACCAAUGUGAAUUUCUAUGUAUUUGUACAGUUUUUUUUUCGUUUAUUUUAGCUAGGUUGUUCCCGUAGAUUGUUAAGGCUCUCAUUUCCUUUCAUCAGUAUUUAUUUUAUUGUUCACCCAAGCAAAAAAAAAAGCGUUUUAGGUUAGAUUCAUGAUCGAACAAUUGUAGUAAGAGGAAGGCGUGAAAAAGAAAUCGAACUUCGGUGAGGAGGAGUUGGAUGGUGGAUGUCUAAGUUGCCUUAAGUCUUUUCGUACUGACUGCCGUACUAUUACUUAUUGAAUCAUGAAGAAGUGAGAAAUAUUUAAAAUUUGAAACAAAAAAUUUUGGGUUAUACCUAGGUGAUGAAAAUUCAAUCUUAUUUUAUAGAUAAAGGUAGUUCGAACAAUGUGAUAUCAGAUCAUAAAUAAAAUUUUUUACUCAAAAAUUUCAGUUAACCCUCUUCUGCAUACUAGCCCAUGUAUGAGGUCGAUGCUUUUUCACAUUUUUUUAGCUUUACUCAGCACUGUAAAAAAUUUCAAACAACUUAAAUGCAUCUAAAAUUCAAUAAGCAAUCAUAAUACCGUAGCCAUUUUUUUUUAAAAUUCGGCUCAUUUGUAUAAACUAUUUAAAUAAUUAAAAAUAUGAAAAAAAAUGUUUUUCAGCGAAAAUUGCUUAGAAGUCAAGAAAUUUAAUUAAAUUCUAUUAAUAAAUACAAAUUGUGAUUCUUAACACAUUUAAAGUUCAUGCAGUACAGGGUUAAUGAUGAAACUAUUUGGAAGUUACUCGAAGACAGAAAAAUAAUUAUUUCAACAUUAUCAUUUUGAUAUUUUUGUAUUGUUCACAAAUAGAUUGACUUCUCUAAUCGUAAUUCUUAACUUAAUAAAAGAAUUACCAGUUGUUUUCAAUGUUUUAAUUUUGGAAAAUGGAUAAAGCUGAUGAAUUUAUGUACAUCUUAUUAAAAUCGCUAAAUAAAAAUUAUCUCAGCUGUUUUGGAUACAAAACGUUUAUAUUUCUGAUUUCUUUCUUUAACCUGACUUUUAAUUUUCAAGAUUUUGAGCCCAUUGAUUUCAACUUUUAUAAGAUUUAAUAUCUAAUUUUAGUUUUCCAAACUAAUGUUUUUUAUUAAAGAUAAAUUAUUUUUCACCAGAAAUCUUGUAUCAAUUUUUUUUUGCUUCAUUUUCAUGUUCAAUCUAUAUUUUAAACCUCGUUUUCUCGCUCCUGAUUUUUAAAACUCAUAAGUCACGACUAAAAUGAAAAAUAAUAGCUAAUCGAAUUCCAUUUCCAUUUGAACCCCUGAAAAAAAAACACUAUCUCAGACAAAUUUCAAAUUUCAUCGAGUCGGAUGAUUAUAUUUUGAAAAGUGAUAUUUUGCAAAUCGGGUGUUGGUGUUUGCUUCAAAGGAAUGAAAUUUCAGAUCGAUCAUUUUAAAAAUUUUAGACCAAAAUGAGGUUUUACUUUAAAAAUCAGAAAUCUUAUCAUGUAAUUUCAAUUCUACAAGAUAAGGUUUUAUUUUGCAUUUCUGUACUUGAACUUCUGUGCGUGAAAUACAAAAUUUGAAACUCGAAAAUACACAUGUGACAUGUGAUUUUUUUAAAUUAGAGUUGCAAGGUUGGUCGGCUCCUCCAAAACAACAAAGAGCUCGGCUUCCGAAUGCAAUCUUCUUUCGCUGAUCAUGCUCCACUCGUUAUUCGAGUUUACACGAGUUGUAAGAGUUGUAAGCGAUUCGGACAGCAAUUGUGAGAGCAUUUGAGUGAGAGCAAGAGAUUUUAAGCCAGAGUGCCCUAGUUUACAGCGUUGCCACAUAAAAAUCUGUAUUGAAAUCUGUAUUGCUCGUUUGGAUGCAGAAUGUAUCAAAAAGAUAGGAUUGAAUGAUAAACUGAUUGAAACAUGAAUUUUUAAUUUGCCUGGAUAUUCAUUAAAAAAAAACUCGGAUUUAUUCACUUUAUUUGCCAAAUCAAACCGAAACAAACAAACCGUGUUGUACAUUUUUUUUAUCUUUGCGUUCGAACAAAAUUUUUCGAGCAAGUUUUAUCAAAAUAACCAUGAAAAGUUAGUUUGGAAGCCUUGAAUACGAUUUAAAUCAGCUGAAGAGUUUUUUGUUCUUGAUUUUGGUUGAGUAAUUCCUGGGUUUCGACCAAAUUACCCGAAUUUUCUUCGACAAAUUUUUAAUGUAAUGUCCGGAAUUUGCCAUGUGUUUAGAUAAAAUAGCCCGGAUUUGUCCAGCCCAGAAAUGUGCUGAAAAAUUCUGGCAACCUUAAUUUAGACUUGUUUGGUUUUUAUUGGCCAAUUUCAUACACUUGAUAGGCCCUCUGAAGCUUGUUUGACCAAGAUUCCUAUCAAACGAGUCUCAUUUUGAAGCUCGUGGACAGCAUAAUACGUUUUGAAUUUUGAAAAUUUCGCAUCUUCGAUAUGCCUGUGGGAAGAUUGUUGACCGCUAGCCAAAUCUGUAAUAGUAAACAGUGAAAAUCUGCCAGGGACUGCAACUCUGUAUUAAAUCUGUAUGAACCCUCAGAAAUCAGUAUAUUUUGUAACGCUGCUAGUGUAUCAGUCAUGGGGUACUUCUGUCCAAAAUGUCCAUGCUGGGUAAAACACCAACAACUCUAUUUUGAUAGAUUUGGAUGAUUUGUGAAUUUUUCAGUGAAUUCUUCUUACACAAAUGUGUUCCUGGAAUCAAUAAUAUAAUUUAAAUAAAAUUAAUUACCAGAUAUUCAAUCAAUCGUAAAAAUCAAUCGAUUUUUGGACAAAACGCCUUCCUCUGAAGGUGCUGUUCGGUAAGAUGUAAACAAAACCACGUGUUUUACUCUAGAUUUUGGAGUAACAGUUUUCUAUUAAUACAGACCGACUUUCAAGAUAUUCAAGAUAAUAUAUCGAUCUUCUUCUUUACUUAGUUCUCAAUUAUCAUAUGAAUGCAUAAUAAUUGCAACUUUCUGUCGGUUUUCACAAAAAAAUGUGCACUGAGAACCGAAUCGAUUCACUAAAUUUUUCGCCAAUAGCAGCAGGAAAAUUUGAUUCAAACCGAUACAAUUGAAAAUAAAGCCAAAAAUUUAAAAUUAAUUAUUUUUCCAUUGGAAGAUAUUUUAAAACCACUUGUAUUCAUGUGUAGAUUAACUUGGAAAAAAAUAUUGAUUUCACAUUUUUUCAGAAUUUAUUAACAGAACUCAUAUACUUUCACUGUGAACAUUGUGUUAUAUUCGAGUCGUUUUGAUCCAAUAUUUCGGAGAAUCACUUGUCUACAUUAUAAUGCAUUAGGGCGUCUAACAUCCAAUGAUUUCAAAGGUUGCUUUGAGAAGCGUUUGUAAAACACUGAAUAUUUUCUUAGUUUUUACAAUAAAAAGUAACUUUUUGAUAGAAUAUCAGUUGCAGAUAGAAAUUCGAAGAACAUGUUGCAAUGCAUUCGAGUUUUUAGCAUAUGUGUUCCGCAGACUCGGUCGUUUCCCUCAGGACAAACCCUGAAAAAUCAGGACACCUGGCACCCCUGCUCUCACCACACAACCAGGAUAGGUACAGUAGAGUGGGUGCAUAUUGAGGAAAAGUAGGCAAGGGGUACCAAAAGUUUCUCAUUGGUGGGGGAUGGAGACGGAGCGUUUUUUGACAGCGAAUUGUUCGUCUACCAUGCCUACGAUUACGAUUGCCUGUCACAAGAUGGACGAUUCCGUGCAUUCUUAUAAGAACACACCUGAAGCUUUACACGCCUUGCACACAACGUACCAGGGGUGGAAAACAGAAGAAAAAAACAAAAAAUGUCAAAUUGAUCUGAUUAAAUCACCGACCAGUGAGCAGGCAUCAAAUUUUUUUUCAUUAGAUUGACCAUUAUUAAUUUUUUUAAGUCCUUGGAGAGUUUUGCAUUGGAUAAGUUUACAAGUUUCACCUAACUGAGCAUGUCUCAUCCAUGAAACAACAGCAUUGUUGAUUUUUUUUUUUUUUUUUGUUCCGGCACGAAUUUUUAUCAUAAACAAUUACAAAUCUUUUCAAAAAGUGCUCAUUUUUAUGUCGAAAAGUAAAGAAUGCUGCAAAAAUGCUGCAGCAAAAUUUCGAUUUGCCUGAUCUAGACAACGUACAAAAAAAAAACUACCAUUUCUUCCUCGCUGUCAGCGUUGCCACAUUAAAAUUUUUACCCUCAUUGUAGAAAAAAAUAUAUGAAAAAACUGUCUCAUGUGCACCAACAACCAAAAAGCUCAUCAGUGGAAAGAAGAUCUGUGUUUUUUGUUGUUUUUGACUCUUGAUACCAUUUCUGUGCUCUCAAUAUUUAAAAUGAUAUAUUUAUAAUCAAUAUUAAUUGAUUUCCUAAAAGGCGCCUUCUUUAAUCUGUGAUUUUUUUCUGUCUUUUCGUAAUCAAAUUUUUUCAAAUGAUGAAAUCAGACUUAAUCAGAACCAAAUCCUUAAAAUCUGUCUUCUGUGUGGGCAGAAUCUGUACAAAAAAAAAGUAACAAAUAUUUACUUUUUUAGAUCGAGCUGUACUUUUUUCCUGAAAAAAAUCGCCACAGGAGAGAUGCCAGUGAGUUCUGUCAGGAUCAGUACAUCGCGAAGAAAAAAAUCAGCAUUUUUCAGGACACCACAAUAUUUUUUGAUAUUAUAUGGAGGUCUACUUAAAUUCCAUAAAUAAAGGCCAAAUACAGUUGCUGUAAUCGCCUUAGUUUAUGCAACAGAAUUGAGCAUGUUCCUGGCUGGCCAGCCGUGUUUAUCGAAAAACGCCAACUAAAUUGUUGAAUUUGAUCUGAGAUAGUGCCUUCUAAAUAAGCUACGGACCACGACCUCACGCUAGCUGCCGGACAAUCUAAACCAAGCUGCCGGGCAAACUUUUUCUGAAGAAAGUUUGGCGCUUUAGCCAAUAUUUUUUAUCUUCAAACUCAAUCUUGGAAACAACAAUUUCUGCAACACCAAAAUGUUAUUGAAUUCGAUUAUAAUUGAGAUAUUUUUUUGAAAAUCAGGAAAAUCGAAUAUGGGACAAACACUGAAAAAUCAGGACACCUGGCACCUCAUGAGAUAGCGUUCGAAGUUUUUUUUCGUGAGAGUAAUGGCGUAUUUUUUUUUGAUUCCGGAUUUGGCUCUGGAACGGUCAGAAUAAAAAAGCAAGUUUCGGGUUUCAAGUUAUUCCAUACGUAGGUGUGCGUGAGAACGAGCGCAAUGUUUACAUUCAGCUGUCAUUUUGUUCUCCCUUCUGGAUUUCUUCAUUCGGUUCUUCACAUCCGGAUUGCCGUUUUUCGUGUCCGGAUUGCACUGGACUGCAGAUAGUACGAUUUUGCUUGGCUGAGAGGUUCAAAAUCGCGGCAAUAAUCAUUUGCCCGUUCAUUAUUUCAACUGUUUUGUUUUCAGCCAAAAACAGCUGUUUAAUGUUUUGACAACAACGUUGAGAGUAUUGGUGAACUUCUCGCAAAACUGACUUUUUUCUCAGGGCGACUCCGUCCCUUUUUCGAGCGAACCUAGGUUGCCUCUCGAGCAAUAAAUGAGCACGAUGACAGCAGUUAGAGCGAACCUAGGUUGCCUCUAGUUUGCCUCCAGGUGAAAAAAAAUACGGUAUAAGUUCACUCGUGUUGGGAAAAAUUUGUAGAUAUUUUGACACUUGUAGCACAUUAUAAAAGCUUAACCAAUUAAAAACAUUUUUCAGAUCUGCGGCCGUCAAGUUAUUUUUACAACACGUGUCCUAUUUUCGCAUGCUGUGAAGGAAAAAUAGGUCACCGAAACCAUGUUGUAAAAAAUUCAACGGUCAAAGAUCUUGAAAACAAUUUCGCAUCGCGAAAUUUUCGAAAUUUGCUGUAGGGAAUAAGGCUUGCAUAAAUAGAUUAAACAAAAGGUUUACACUGAAAGAUUGGCAACACGGUAAACAGGAAAUGAGAGAGCACAGAGAAAUAACCGGUCGGCCGGCAGUCGGCAACAUGCGUGAGCGUCGAGUAACGAGAGAAAAGAAAUGUGUGUAGAGUUCUGAAAAAGAGAGCACGAUGCGUUUUGAAAUGAAAAGCGAGAUCAGUUUAUAGACUAACUUUAUGAGAGAUGGUUCGCGUUGAUCUGUCGUGUGAAAGAAAUUUGAAUUAGAAUCGAAGAAAAUGGUGGUAAUUACGGUCGGUUUCGACAUGUGCUACAAGUGUCAAAAUUCCUGCCACUUUUUCCCAACACGAGUGAACUUGCUCUUAACGUACCAAAAAAACUUUGUUAGCUCUCAGAUUUCUUCUCAACACAAUGAUGUCAAGAGUUGCCAAUAUGAUUUUUAGAGGCUCAUUCUGGCAACCUGAUAAACCACAGUUUUUCCCUGAUUUUUUAAACUAAGCCUGAUUUUUCCUGAUUUUUGUAAAUGUGAUAGAAAUAGGUGGUAUUGAACUGCAUUAGAUUCCAAUGUGGGAGAUCAAAAUUUGGAGCGACGACCAUAUAAAAAGAGGAUCUCGCUUCAUUUCAUACUUUUCUGAAUUUUAAAAAAAAUGUUGGCAGCCCUGCAAUGCGCAACACAUUUUUCAAAAAAAGGGAAUUCUUUUCGUCAGUGGAUGUGAAUGCUCUCGCUCAUCCUCAUGUGUUGGGUUUAUUAAAUGUAAUGAUAAUCAAGCCCAUGAAAUUUUGAAAUUUCAACUCAUCAAGAGUAAAAUUCUUUUUCGGUUGUUUUUCAUUCGGCUUUUAACUUCAAGCCUUGACAUCAAAAUAACAUUUUAAAAAUUUUCAACUUUAACUCCGGGAUACCUUCGAAAACAAACUGUGACUCGGAUUUCACAGGGAAGAAAUAUUAAGGAAUAUAGCCUCUGAAUUCAAAUUUGAUACCCGGUAUCACGGAAGUGUUGUGAUAUUUUUUUACAAAAUAUGCAUUAUAAUUGGCUUAAUUUCGUACAUAAACGAAACAAGAAAAUUAAAAUAGUUCAAACUGCUUCAAGUUGUGAGGCUAGUUAAUCCAGAGGGUGUGAUUUCCACGAUUUUUGGCGGAAAGUGUACGAGAAAAUGAGAAAAAUCUUUUUUUUUACCACAAUUAGCUUUUUGCAUUCGUGUCCGAACAAUUGGAAGAUUUCUACAAACAGCUCUCAAACAUGUAAGGCAUAUAUUAUUAUUUAUUAAUUAUGAUUAUGACAAAUGAGUCGUUGUGUGUUUAUGUGUUUCGGAAUGCAAAUGAAACAAACUUAUUAGUUUUCUAAAUUUUAACGCAAUGCAAGUUUUUUCUGUUUGUUUUUAUAACAAAUUUAUCUAGAUUGUCUGCCCAACUUUUUUCUUCAUAAAAAUGGAAUAACAAUUUAUUCAAGAAUUUCCACUUUUCAUCGUGAUCAUUCAGCUCCGAUUCACUGCAAGUUCAAGAGAAAAGUAUUAUUCCACGGAAUCAAAUAGCACAAUUAUUAUUUUAAUGUAUGUAAUGGCGUAGAUUUAUGUUUUGUUAAGAUGAACAAAAAAAAAACCUUAGAAGUUAAGUAGUUCAAAACUCAAAACACGACAACUGCAGUUAAACAUAACAGGAUUACUAUUACAACCUACUCUAGUUAAGGACAAUUAUGGAAUAAUAAUAAUCAUUUGUGAAUGUGAAGAACGAACCGUACCAAUUGUUCAGAUGUACAUUAUUAUUAAGUAUCUAAGAAAGUUCUUUUCGAAGCUGUUCGAGAUAAAUACCGAAAACCAGAACAAAAAUAUGCAUCCUCUUUAGCUCUCUCACGUUUCUAUUUUCAGCCUCGUUCAAACGUAAACAAAUGAAAUAAAAAGGAUGGAAGUAGAUCCAUUUUACCGAUAGAAAAACAACCAGUCAUUUUCUCAAAACAAAAGUAUUAAAGCGCAAUAACGAUAUCAAAAUGCUAAAAUCCAUGUCUUGUUUGACGAAAAAGAAAACUGUCUGAAGCAAUCGAAAACGAACAAACAUAUGUUACAAAAAUACUAUCUCUGCCACGAUCAAAAACUACAAGAAAAUACCGAAACAUGAGUACUACUUAAAACAAAUUUACAUUCCAUUUCACUUCUCAAUCACACAAGUAAACAUAACGAACAAAAAAUUAGAAUAGCAAAAGUGACACAGUAAAAACAAAAAAAAAAUCUAUGUCAUAAUUCUUUGGAAAACUGAAGAAAAAAUUACAAGAAAACAAAAAACAAACGAAAACCGUCAGUUCAUUUUGGGACAAUAAUAAACGUAAAUUUUAAGACUAUAUACAACACAAAAAGAAAUAAGAAAAAUCAUAACCGUACCACGUAUCUUCCUCCAAUGAGAUCUAACCGUAUACUGUAUUAUAAAGAAAACAGAAAGAAAAAACGCAUUCUGAUAUCCACUCUUUGAAGUUUCAGCAUUCAUCUUUUGUUCUUUGCCAGUGACAUUUUGAAACUGAUGAACACAAACUAACUUACUUCAUAAUCGAGAUUACCAGUGUAUUAAGAGGGGAUACUCAACAGUUAUAGUAAAAAAAACGAACAAAUCCACACAAAACGAUUCUGUAUGUGCUCAUUCACGUAGUAAAGCCCAUAAAAAUUUAAUUCGAGAGGAAAAGGCAUUGAUUCAAACAUACUUUAAAAGUUAGCAUUCGACACAAUUGUAUGUAAGAGGGUUUACAAAUUUUGAAACGUUAGAAAAAAUUACAGGACAAAAAUUUAGCAUAGGGUUGCACACGAAUGAGCUUAAGUUAUAAUACUUUCCCACCAUUUUUUUCAUUUGGCUCACACUUCCAAUUUUGAAGAGUACAGUUUUUUUAAGUUGAUAAAUUUACCCAAUUUAAAUCAUCGUUUCUCUUUGCGUGCAUCUGCUCGAAGAGAAGGUUCAAAUGAACAAAUAAAAAUGAAAAUGAUCUCUUGAAAAUAUGUAUGUAACUAUCACAAAGCAUCAAACAUUAAUCGAACAUCAAUCUCGUGGAUGAUUCAUGUGUAGGUAUUAGUCUGAAACCAGCGAAAUGUUACAGAAACAUGCGGAAUCAUUUACCCUGUUGUAUCUGUAUGAGUUGAAAAUUGAAGAAAAAAAACUAAGGAACGGCAAAGAAACGUUUAAAAUGCAAAUAGUUUAAAUCUAAGUAGAAUGUUGUAGAGUUUAAAGCUUUCUUCCAUUCUUUGUUCUGUAUAAUUCUGGGAUAACGGAUCACCACCUUUAAUAGAUUUCCGCUUCUCAUUAACAACUUACUCUCCGCAUUUUCACUACAGGACAAAUCACACAAAUUUAUCAAAAAUGGUUUUUUUUUGUAAUUUAAUUAUGCUUUCUAGAUUUCGAUACUUGUGUUGAGUUCUGAUGGUGCAGAGCCAUGAAGGGAGGAGAUGUGAAAGUCCAACCAACUUGAAGUGAUUUAGAAUUUACGAAACAUGAAAGAAAACAAAAACAAUAUGAAAAGUACAUUUAAAUUUAAACCUAAAAAAUGAUAGCAUUGUUCCUAUGUUGUUGUAUCUGUACGCAUAACACAAACAAAAACAUGAUGAUGAAAAUCAAUCAAUCACCAGCCUUGAAACCACGAGUGUUGUGGUGAGCUGGGCUGUGGUUGGUUUCUCUGAAUGUACGGGAGAUCAGAAAAUAUUUAAAUAGUAAUGAAUAAAACGAAUAGUAUUUAUAUC